GUCAAGUUUUAAACAUAGAAAAAUGUUUUAAACGUCAGGUUUGUGAGAGUUUUGUUGUACUGAAUAUGUGCUGAAUAUAUAAAACAAUUAUAAAAAAAUAAUCACAGUCACUAAGCAAAAAAUAUAUAUGAUCACUAUCGGUUUCAAAUUAUGACCGAGGUGGAUUACCAAUUGGCUCUAAUUUUACAACACAAAUAUGAGCAAGAACGAAAAGAUAGCGAAAUUGCGAAAGCACUACAGGAAACUUUCGAAUACGAAGAGGAGAAGAAAAAGAACCGAAACGAAAGCCAUUUAAACGAUUCGAUAAUAGCAAGAUCUUUACAAGAACAAUUUCAGAAGGAAUUAGAAGUCGAAAGACCAGGUCAGAAUUUAGUAUACGCCAGCAGUUCCACUAAUAAUCAAAAUAGUUCGAGAUCUCUUACCGAUCCUUCAUGGGAAGUAAUCGACCCGACUCCUGACAUUCACAAUUUAUUCAUAGCUUUUAAUGAGAGAUUUUUUUAUAACCAAUUAGGAUCAGUGUGUGUAUGUUGGAGCAAACGAAUGACUACUUGUGCUGGCAUUUGCUCAUAUCAAGGUAGAGGAGGGAUGUGCAGUAUUGCUCUCAGUGAGCCCCUUUUGAAGCUUAGACCAAGGAAGGAUUUGGUGGAAACAUUGUUGCAUGAGAUGAUCCAUGCUUACCUUUUUGUUACAAAUAAUAACAGGGACAGGGAUGGACAUGGUCCUGAGUUUCACAAGCAUAUGAAUAGGAUCAAUCAAGAGGCAGGAACUCGUAUAACAGUUUACCAUGACUUCCACGACGAAGUCAGGCUAUACCAACAACAUUGGUGGAAAUGUACGGGUCCUUGUCAAAAAUGGAAGCCGUAUUUCGGGAUGGUACGUCGCGCCAUGAACAGAGCACCCGGUCCUAAUGACAGAUGGUGGGCCGAACAUUUACAAAAAUGCGGCGGAGAAUUCAUCAAGGUUAAACAACCAGAAAAGUCCGUCAAAUCAAAAUCGGAUGCCAAGAUUACUGGGCCGGAUAUCAGAAAGUUUUUCACGCCGACAGAAAGUCCUGUCAGUUCGACAACAGCAAAUAUCAAAACAGUAUCUAAUAAUAAUUCGGAUUUACCAGUAAACAAAGUUAUAUCAAAUUCAAAUAAUAUUUUUGGUUUUACAAAUCACAGCGGUAAUAGUAGUAGUAAUAAUAAAAAAAGUAAUGGUGGAACUUUGGUCAGAAAUAAUUCAAAUACCAUAGUAAUUAAAAAAAAGGCUAGUACUAGUACCAGUAGUAAAGAUAAUUCAAAUAAUACCCAAACUAUUCCUAAAAGUAACAGGAUACAAUCUACACCUGGUAAAGUUGAAAAUACUGAUUAUUCUCUAGUUCGUAAUCAUUGGGUUAAUAAGUUCUCAAAUACUUCUACUUCCUCACAAAACAAUUCAAAACGCAUUUCUUCUGAAAAAGCUUCCGAUUGUCCGCAAAAACUUCCCAAACUAUCAGGAAAACUCGUAGAAUGUCCAAAUUGUCAUCAAAACAUUAACGACAGUCAAAUAAAUUCGCAUCUAGACGAAUGCCUGAGUACCAAUUCAAAGCGUGACGAUUACAACGUUUCUUCAAGCUCUUGCGAUGACAAAAACAAAUCAUCAGACGAUGACGUUUUUGAAAUUGAUGGCAAUAGCGAUUCUGACAGUAAAAAUACAGAAGUCAAGCAAUGUGAAGUCUGUCAAAAGAUGGUUCCUCGAACCGAGUACGGCGCACACGUUAAUGCGUGCAUGCACAGCAUGUUUGACAAAAUAGAAGAAACUUUUGAUGCAAACAACGAACCAAUGGAAGAAAAAUCUUCUGCCAAAACGAAGUGUUUGGCAUGCAACAAAGAUAUUUUGAAAUCGGAUUUGAACGACCAUUUGGAGGAUUGUAUGAAUUUGAGUAACAUUUUCGAUGAUAAAAAUAAACCUUUAGAAGGAAAUCAAGAGGAGAAAGAAUUGCCAGAGGAGGUUAAAAAAUCAGAAAACACUUUUAAUUGUCCAGUAUGCAUGAAACUCAUUGGCGAGCUCGAAAUGAAUGAUCAUAUUGAUGAUUGUUUGAAUUCGUCUAACGAUAAAUGAAAAUCUGUGAUCGUAAUAUUUUGUUAUACCCUCUAUCGCUUGUUAUCCAUUUUUGAGGGUUUCCUUUCUUUUCUCCGUGAUACUCUGUUCUGAGCUAUAGAUUCGUUAAUUUUGAGCUUUUGUCGUGUCAAGCCUUCCUCCGGUUGUCUGGUGUUUUUCGUUAAACAUUUUUUUUACAUUAAUGGCGAAUCCUUGCAAUUAUGUCUUUUGUUUGUUAUUUUUAAUGUCCUUGGAAAUCUGAUGAAUUAAUAUGUUUUAUUGUUUCAUUUGAUUAAAGGCUAGACCAGUAGUAAAGAUAGUUCCAAUAUUAUUCGAGCUACUCUUCAAAGUAACAGAAUACACUCUACACCUGCUAAAGUUGAAAAUUCUGAUUAUUCCUCUAGUUCGUAUCAUUGGGUUAAUAAGUUCUGAAUACUUGUAAUUCUUCUCAUAACGUUUGAAUUCGCAGCUCUUCUGAAACGGCUUCUGAUUGUCUACAAAAACUUCCCAAACUUUCAGGAAAACUCGUAAAAUAUCCAAAUUGCCAUCAAAACAUUAAAGACAGUCUAAUAAAUUCGCAUCUAAACGAAUGCCUAAGUACCAACUGAGUACCAAUUCUAAGCGUGACGAUUACAACAUUUCUUCAAGCAAGACGAUGACGUUUUUGACAUUGAUGACAAUAGCGAUUCUGACAAUAAAAAUACAGAAGUCAAUCAAUGCGAAGUCUGUCAAAAGAUGGUCCAUCGAACCGAGUAUGGUGCAUAAGUUAAUGCGUGCAUGCACAUACAUAUAUUUGAUAAAAUAGAAGAAACUUUUGAUGUAAACAAUGAACCAAUCGAAGAAAAAUCUUCUACACGAAGUGUUUGGAGUGCAACAAAGAUAUUUUGAAAUCGGAUUUGAACGAUCAUUAGGAAGAUUAUAUGAAUCUGAGUAACAUUUUCGAUGAUAAAAUUGAACCUAUAGAGGAAAAUAAAGAAGUGAAAGAAGCAUCAGAGGAGAUUUUUUUUUAAUUGUGCAUGAAACUGAUUAGCGAGAUUGAACUGAAUGAUCAUAUCGACAUUUGUUUGAAUACGUCUAACGAUAAUGAUGAAUCUCUGUGGUCGUAAUAUUUUUUAUACUCUAUAUCUUUGGUAUCCAUUAUCCAUUUUUCGUUAAUGUUGAGCCUUUGUCGUGUCUGGUCUUCCUCUGUUUGUCUGGUGUUCCCAUAGCUACUAUUUAUAUUGUUGUUUUUUUUAAUAUUUGAAUCUUUUGUUUGUUAUUUUUAAUGUCCUUGGAAAUCUAAUUU